CUAUCCAGUUCAGUUGCCUUUCAGCUGCAGUUCACCACACACGCAGGAGUGCAGCCAACAGACUGCUCAGCAUCUAACAAGGAGGACCAACAAGGAGAGAGAAGAGACAACUACAGACACACUGACUCUUGAUCAUAUUGAAAUAUGGCUAGCAUGUCAAUGUGGCCAUUCCUCCUGGCUGUGUGUUUGGUGGGUUCAUUUUCCACGGCAGUACCUGAGAGUUACGAGGAUGAUAUCGAGGUGGGCUUUGGAGACAAUUAUUUUAACGAGCUAACGGAGGAGGACCAGAUGGAAGGAGAGACCCCCACAGCUUCCCCAGAACCGUGCAAAGCUCCCGCCUUCACAAAGUGGGAUAAGCUCUUUACCAUGCUGGAAAAUUCCCAAAUGAAAGAGAAUAUGCUGCUGCAGUAUGCCGAUGACAUCAUCAAGGUAGAGCUGCAGACUAUGAGAGCUGAGAUGCUACAGUUCUUGGCACAGUACGGUGGCUUUUGUGCAUCUACAGCUGAAAGCACGGCUCGAUGGGCCGGGGCUCAAACUGAGUUGAGAAUACAGAAUGCACUGGAGCGCUUGCAAGGGGCUUUGGCUGUGCAGUAUGCACAGCAUGAUGCAGCCCUGCAGCAGCUACUGUCAGCCAGUGGAAACCAGGCUGUACAGCUGGAGCAACUGGAGAACAGCUGCUUGAAAUGGGGAGGAGGGGGUAUGGUCUCCCAAUCCAAGAGCUUCCAGGCCCGACAUCUCAUGCAAGAGGUGACUGAGACAGAGAACGGAGGCAGGUUGGGGAAGAAUCUGGCAACCAUCUCAAGUGACCUGCAAGCCAUUCGGGAACAGCUGACCCUUUACACAAGAUCAACCUUAGCAAACAUGCUUCCAUCAGGCUGUGACACUGGGGUGAUCUUCCCCAUGCGUUCUUCUACAGCUCAUGUUGAAGUGUCACCCAAGAGACCUUUCCAGACCAAUGCCGUUACCAUCUGCCUGUGGGUGAAACUGACUCAGGCGAUCAACAAGACCGUCCUCUUCUCUUAUAGCACAACUAGCAACCCCUACGAACUACAGCUGGUGCUGAAUGGCAAGAGUGUCCUAUUUACAGUGGAUGGUGAAACCCAUUUGGUGGAGGCUUCAGAGGCAGUGCAAGAGGGUCAGUGGGUGCACCUUUGUGCAGUAUGGAGCUCACAACAAGGCCUUGCCUCUCUGUGGGUGAACGGUCAACAAGCUGCUAAUUCUCCUGGAGUAGCUGAGGGUCACGAGCUAUGCAGCAAAGGGAGCAUACUACUGGGGCAAGAGUACGGACGUUUCUUUAGGCAUCUCAGUGUCCAAAACACAUUUGAUGUGGAGCUGGCUUUCACAGGCAAGAUGACCGGCGUGAACAUGUGGGACCGAGUCUUGGAUUCAAAAGAGAUAUCUCAGCAGGCACGAGUGGAUGGGAGUGGUUGCGGUAUUCGUGGUAAUGUAGUGGCAUGGGGUGUGUCUGUCAUUGAGCCAAAAGGGGGUGUCAAGUUAAUCUACUAAUUGUGCCUACUGUCUUAACCACCUGAGCCCUUUAUACUGAUCAGCUGAGCUACUACAAGCACAUUUUAAGAACCUGCUAUGCUACAUCUGCACACAACAGCAAUUUCCUUCAUUUUAGAUGUGUGGGGAAAAAAAUCCCUUAUAGGGAAAAUGUCAUGUAGGGUGGAUUGCCUGUCAUCAAGCAAGUUAAAGAUAAAAUGCUGCCAUUUGAGGGACAUCAUAUCACUCAUUCUUCAUUUUUUAUUUACAAUGUUCCAUUUUAUAAGAACGUUUUCAUUUAAUAGAGAGUGAUGGAAUUUUGUAAAACAUGUUGUGUAAUGUCAUAGUAUUUAUCUUGUUUGAUGUUUACAUUCAGAUCUGACAUAAUUUGUAAUCUAUUUGUAAUGUAAUCUUUUAAUGCAUUGUGUUAUUUUUCUUCUGCAUUUUUUUUUUUAAACCCAAAGGCUGUUACAUAUCUCUACAGUGGUGGCUAUUGCAAAAUACUUUGCUUCAUGAACACUGCUAAUGAAUAACUUUUUUUGUCUUUGGUUCGUUUAAACACAAAGACGGUUGCUAUGUUUUGAUGAUGGAACAGUGGAAAAUGUUUACAAGAUCAUUUGUGACUUUAUUUUUGUUUUCACUGAAGUGAUUAAAUGUAUUAUAAUGUAAAUUGCUUUUGAUAAAAGGCUAAAAUGAAUGUAUAAUGUACAUAGAUGUUUUUCACUAAGGGACAGGAAACACAAAACUUAAAAUAAAAUACAAAUAAAAAAAUUCUGUCA